AUGGCUACCCGACCCGCUGAACACAGCCGCGUGCUCUCUCAUGGCCGUGGUGGUGCUGGUAAGCUACUCCUCCACUUGACAUUCCGGGGGCUGGGCUUUGCCGAGUGCAACCUCGCGAAGGAUGACCCCACCGCCAACUACCCCAAGGCCGAAGACCUCACCACGCCCACGCUGAAGUCAAACACGUACACUACCGGUCGCGGUGGAACCGGCAACAUGGCACAGAACGACCCAGAGCGACCUGAAGUAGCUCGCGCUGCUCAGGACGUCGAGGGCCCUGCUAAGGUCUCCGAGCCCAAGGGCCCUACACACUACGGUCGCGGUGGAGCUGCCAACAUCAUCGAGAAGAAUGGCGAGCGCAAGAGCGGCGAUGUUCGCAAGAGCGGUGAUGUCAAGCGCAACAAGAGCGUAGAGAGCAAGGCUGAGGAGGCCAAUGGCAAUGGCAAGGGUGGACUGCUCGCAAAGGGCAAGGAGCUCCUGAACAAACUGGGCAAGAAAUGA